UCAUUAAUUGUCUAAAUAAAGCACAACAUGAAUGGCCAAAGUUGUGCAAAACGGGUGGCAAACAAUCUCCUAUUGAUAUCAAUACAAAAUCCGUGUCAAUCAAUACAUCACUAUUUAUAGACAUCAAGCAUUAUGAAUUUGAAUUUCACAACUUUAAAAUCAAUAACAAUGGACACACAGCCCAGUUAGUACUAGACUAUUCCGGGGAUGAGACAAAACCUCAACCCUUCAUAACAGGUCUGGCCCUCAAUAAUGAGGUCUAUUUGAUGGCUCAGUUGCACUUCCACUGGAGUGACCACAAGGGCAGGGGUUCUGAACAUGCAUUCAAUGGUCGCACCUAUUCAAUGGAGAUGCACAUUGUUCACUUUAAUAAAAAAUACGAUAAUAUAAGUGAAUCGAUGCACCAUAAGGACGGUCUGGCAGUCAUUGGUGUGAUGUUUGAGAUCACUCGCAAAGAGAAUCCACAUUUGGAUGCCAUUAUAGAGGGGGUGCGAGCCGUCAAGAUAGAGGGCACCGAAGACUUUCACUCAUCGCCACAAUUCCGCCAAAACCCAAUCCAACCGACCAUUAAGUUGGAGAACCUGUUGCCCAAUGACUUGACUCUAUUCUUCAGGUACAAGGGCUCCCUGACCACCCCACCAUGUUACGAGGCAGUCACAUGGCUUGUAUUUCAUGACACCACUGACAUUGGACUC